AUUAUAUGGGACUGAAGAUAAAAUGAACGUUGUUUGUUCAAUGUAAGUAUACCAUAAGGACACGUGCAGAUUGGCACGCGUUUGCAUUGAGCAAAGAAGUAAUAUCACAGUAUAAGAAAUAUACUGUGGUAAUAUGUAGAUGAGCCUAGAAAAAAUAUAUGUCGGUACUCGUCUUGAUAGUUCUCUAGAUAAACACCGACAUAUAUUUCCCCUAAACUUUUCUAGUGUGCGUGUUACCCUUGGUUACUAAGCGUAUUAGAACCAAUCAGAGACAAUAUGCGCAGAACGAACAAAAACUUUUCUUUCGAGAAGUACUUUUUAACAAAAGACUAAACUAUCACAACAAUAUUACUUGUAAUUUAUGAAUAUAGGACUAAUCACCUUUAAUACGAAGUCUUAUUAUUGUAGGAUUGAUUUCCUUGCUUUGAAAAUAAGCUCCUCCUACAUAACUAUUUGUCUAAAUAUACAAUAAAAAUUGAGUUUUAACUAGCUAUUGUUUACUGAAUUAUUUAAAUAGUAUACAUUAAAUUAUCAAUUAUAUACAGUGAAAUUGUGUCAAUUAAAGUGUAUAAAAAUGUUAAUAAAAGUGUAAUAAGUAAAAAGUGAAAAAUAACCAGCAAAACAGGUAUAUGAAAGCAAACAUGGCCUUACGUACAUAUGGUGAUAAACCUAUAAGUUUCCAAGUGGAAGAAAAUGGAGAAUAUUAUUGUAUUGGAUCUGAAGUGGGCAAUUAUUUACGCCUAUUUCGGGGCUCAUUGUAUAAACGUUACCCAGGAAUGUUUAGGAGAUCUAUUACAAAUGAUGAACGUAAAAAGCUGGUAGAACUUGGAUUAAGUCAACAUGUACUUGCAUCUAGCGUAUCACUUUUAAGAGCUAGUGAGGUAGAAGAUAUUAUUGAAGGCAAUGAUGAUAAAUAUAAGGCUGUAUCAGUUCAUUCGACAGAGCCUCCAGCACCUAGAGAAGGAAAAUCAAAAAAAUCUAUGCCUUGGGUACCUAGUUUACCAAAUAGUUCACACCUAGAUGCAGUUCCUCAAGCUACACCAAUUAAUCGUAACAGAGUGCAUAAUAAAAAAGUCAGAACAUUUCCUUUAUGUUUUGAUGACACAGAUCCAUCAGCAAAUUUGGAAAACGCAGCACAACAAGAAAUGUUAGUUCCAAUUCGUUUAGAUAUGGAAAUUGAAGGACAAAAAUUACGGGAUACCUUCACAUGGAAUAAAAAUGAAAGCCUUAUAACACCAGAACAAUUUGCUGAAGUAUUGUGUGAUGAUUUAGAUUUAAAUCCAUUAACUUUUGUACCAGCUAUAGCACAAGCUAUAAGACAACAAAUUGAAGCUUUUCCACAAGAAACAAUUUUAGAAGAUCAAUGUGAUCAACGAGUUAUAAUUAAAUUAAAUAUACACGUGGGAAACACUUCUUUAGUAGAUCAAGUGGAGUGGGAUAUGUCUGAAAAAGAAAAUAAUCCUGAAAAAUUUGCAAUGAAACUUUGUGCUGAAUUAGGUCUUGGUGGAGAGUUUGUCACUGCUAUUGCUUAUAGUGUUCGUGGACAAUUAUCGUGGCACCAAAGAACUUAUGCAUUUUCUGAAGCCCCUUUACCUACAGUAGAAGUACCUUUUAGACCACCUUCUGAAGCUGACCAAUGGGCGCCGUUUUUGGAAACAUUAACAGAUGCAGAAAUGGAAAAGAAAAUACGUGAUCAAGAUCGAAAUACACGACGGAUGCGACGUUUAGCAAAUACUACACCUGGAUGGUAAAAUAUGUAAAUUACAUUGGUAAAUUAUAUUGAUAAUAGUACUAAGGUUUGGCAUUUUUUAUAUAGAUUUGUUUAAGAGAUAUUUACUUCGAAUUUAUAUUUUUAUUUACUGAGUAAUCCUACAAUCCUAUUAUUCUAUUUACUGACUUUAUAAUCGCUCUUUUAAUUUCCAUUAGACAUCAUAUAUUCAGUUACAUAACAUCAGAUAUAAAAAGUUUUCUGAUAGUAUAUUUUAGUUUCUCUAUUUAUGAAAUAUAACUCACGUGAUCAUAUAACGAAAUAUUCCCAGUAAUGAUAAGAAAUUUGUAACACUAUUCCAUUCGUGGUUAAUAAUUGCUCUAACAAAAAGCUAAUCUAAAAUAUUUUAAUUUGAGAAAAAUGUGGAAGAGUAUAGAUAAAAUUCGAAUAAACAAUUA